AUGUUGCUUCCAAACAUCCUGCUCACUGGUACACCAGGGGUUGGAAAAACCACGCUAGGCAAAGAACUUGCAUCAAGAUCAGGACUGAAAUACAUUAAUGUGGGUGAUAUAGCUCGAGAAGGGCAGUUAUAUGAUGGCUAUGAUGAAGAGUAUGAAUGCCCCAUUUUAGAUGAAGACAGAGUAGUUGAUGAAUUAGAAAACCAAAUGAGCGAAGGUGGAGUUAUUGUUGAUUACCAUGGUUGUGAUUUCUUCCCUGAACGCUGGUUUUAUAUAGUUUUUGUGCUGCAAGCAGAUAACAGUGUAUUGUACAAAAGACUUGAAACAAGGGGUUAUAAUGAAAAGAAACUAAAAGACCGUAUUCAGUGUGAAAUUUUUCAAGUUCUUUAUGAAGAAGCAUUAGCAUCCUACAAGGAAGAAGUAGUACCUCAACUGCCCAGCAGUAAAUCAGAAGAUCUAGAGGAGAAUAUCAAUCAGAUAUUGAAGUGGAUUGAGCAGUGGAUCAAGGAUCAUAGCUCCUGA